AUGGCCGGUGAAUCCAAGCCACCUUUCCCACCUUUUACUCAGGAGACCGCCAACAAAAAGGUCAAGGCCGCCCAAGAUGCGUGGAAUACAAGAGACCCGGCUACCGUGAAGCUCGCAUACACCCCAGACUCCGUCUGGCGAAACCGCGACCAGUUUCUCCAAGGCCGAGACGCCAUCGAGGAGUUCCUGACCGCCAAGUGGUCUGUGGAGACGGGAUACCGGCUGAGGAAGGAGUUGUUUGCUUUCACUGAUAACAAGAUUGCCGUCCAGUUCUGGUACGAAUGGCACGACACCACCGGCCAGUGGUGGAGGUCAUACGGUCUCGAGGACUGGACCUUUGCGGACAACGGCCUGAUGAGGAAGAGGCAGAACAGCACGAAUGACGUCAAGAUCAGUGAGGACCAACGUUGGUUCAAGGACGGUGUAGAUGUGAACACUGUGGACAUCAGCGAGAAGCACUGGUAG